AUGUCUGCGGAAAGGGAGCCAACAAACUUCUAUUUUGUCAUUUCCUUGUAGAGUUGAAUCCGUAUUGUUAAAAAAAUCACGCACAUUAUCGGAAGUGUUUUGUCAUUAGGGCACAGCUCACAAGUUGAGUGGACCAAAACAGACGAAGGAUUUACAUUAUUUUUGUCUAAACUGUAUUGUUCCUUGUAGUUUGGGAAUAAGCUGGUGUGUUUCAGAAUUGUACGAGAAUCGUCCAGAAGGACCGAGAAUCCCGGAAGGCAUUUACACAGGUGGAAAGUGACGGGAAGACCCGGGUGGAGACUGCUGAACGUCACGGUGCGAUCUCAUUUCACGGAGAACCUUUAGCAAAAGAACUUUCUAGACCAAAAGAUGGAUGGCCAAACUCAGCAAAGACAAACUCGGUUUUCCGCUCUUGUGGUUCUCGUUCUUCUGUCAUCACAGUGUUGCUCACAAGUAACGGAUACAGUACCCCAAGAGCCGUCUGAAUUGGAAGAUAAUGUAUGCUCUGGGGGGAGGACGUGCGGGGACUGUACUGCCAUUGAUCCCUCAUGUGGCUGGUGCACACAGCAGGGGUUUACGGAAGACACUGGCUUUCUAAGGUGUGAUCUAAUUCAGAACUUAAUCAACAAAACAUGCCUGAAUAUUACCUAUCCAGUCAGCAGCGUCAUCAUAGAAGAGAAUGAGGAGCUAAGAGAUGCUGAUGAAGUUCUAGGCGAUCCUGUCCAAGUUGCACCUCAGAAAAUCAGACUGAAACUACGACCUGGUGAAAGUGUGAAUCUGAGUGUGUCUGUGCGUCAGGCCAGGGAUUACCCGGUGGACCUCUAUUACGUCAUGGAUUUAAGCAGGUCAAUGUGGGAUGAUUUAGACAACCUUAAGGAGUUAGCCGAUACAAUAGCAACGGAGAUGGGGGAAAUUACGCGAAAUUUCCGACUUGGUUUUGGCUCUUUUGUCGAGAAAACAUUAUCACCAUUUACAAAUACUACUCCUAGUAGUAUUUUGGAACCGUGCCCAGGUUGCCAACCGACUUACAACUUCAUAAACCAUCUUCCUUUGGACGUGGACACGAGCUUGUUUUCGGAAAAAGUAAGAGAGACUAUAGUCUCCAGAAACAUAGACUCCCCUGAGGCCGGACUUGAUGCCCUCAUGCAGAUCACAGUAUGCAAAGAUUUGAUCGGUUGGCUGCCUAAAGCAAGACACAUCAUUAUUUACACAAGCGACGAUAUUGUUCACAUUGCUGGUGACGGAAAAUUACUUGGGAUUACGGUUCCAAAUGAUGGAGAAUGUCAUCUUAACAGUGAGACGGGCUUUAACGACAGGGCCAACGAGUUUGAUUAUCCGUCAUUUGGGCGUUUGAGCAUACGCAUGAGAGAGCACAACGUCAUUCCUAUUUUCGCAGUAACUGUUGAUCAUAUUGAUGUGUACGAGGCCCUCACAAAUUUCGUUGAGGGAUCGACGGUUGGUGUAUUGUACGCUGACUCGUCUAACGUGGUUGACUUGAUCAAGGACAACUAUGCUAAAAUAACCUCCAAGGUGGAAAUCUCCGACAAUGCUCCGGAAAACCUAGCUGUGACCUACACAUCUCACUGUCUGAACGAGGCACCCAACCCCGGGUCGAAAGUGUGCAUGGGUCUCAAACUAGAUGAGACUGUCAGCUUUGACGUCACAGUGGAAGCUACCAGUUGCCAUGACAAUACAGAGCAAAGUUUCACCAUCGGACCGAUUGGCUUUGAUGAAGUUUUAGAGGUUGCAGUAGAAGUGAUAUGCAGCUGUGAUUGCGAAGAUUUGUCGAUUGCUAACAGCGACUAUUGUUCCAAUGGAAACGGUACGUUGUCUUGCGGGCAGUGUGUGUGUGACGCAGGGCGUUACGGUAAACUCUGUGAGUGUAGCAGCGGUGAGGACACUGAGGUAUUAUUCAGAGACAAGUAUAAGAACGUGGCAUCGUGUAGAGCGAGCAGUAACUCGUCCAUUGCGUGUUCUGGACGAGGUGAAUGUAUAUGCGGGGAAUGUGCGUGUUUCGAAAGAAUGGACAAAAAAGAGGUGAUAUCUGGACGGUUCUGUGAGUGUGACAACUUCUCAUGUGAGCGUUACAAUGGGGAACUAUGUGGAGGGGCAGUCCGAGGCCAGUGUGUAUGCGAUGAGAAGAGCAGACGCAGUGUUUGUAAAUGCAAACCAGGCUUCAGUGGUGACGCAUGCGACUGCUCCAUAUCAACCGCUGGAUGUGUGGCUUCAAAUGGGCUGUUGUGUAACGCCAACGGGGUAUGUGAAUGCAACCGCUGCAAAUGCGAUGCAAACUCAGCAUUUAAAGGUUCCACCUGUGAACUAUGCAAGACCUGCUUCGGUAAAUGUUCUUCUUACCGCCCCUGUGUGGAGUGUAAAAUCUUCGGUAGCGAUGUCAUCUCGCCGGAGGAAUGUGAUAAGUGCAAGGUGGUCGUUGUCAUUGACAGCGAGCUGCCCAAUGUGAAUGUGUCCAAUCUGUGCGUGUUUCCCGGUGGCUUCACCAACUGCUCAACAUCCUACAACUUUGUGUACAAGACCCUGGACAAUGGUACUGUGUUGGUUCACCUACAAGACCAACCAAGAGUGUGUGAUCCAAAUGGAGAUGGGAGCGGCAUGCAGCCCACUGUGGUGUUAGCUUCGUCAGUGGAUAUUCUCCUCCUCGUUCUUGGGAUAGUUGUCGGCAUCGUUCUCAUCGGGGUCAUCCUUGUGUCACUGCUGAGACUCGCUACAUAUCUACUCGACAAGAGAGAGUAUGCACGGUUUGAGAAAGAACAACAAGCUGCUGUUUGGGAUGAGGGUGUGAAUCCUCUGUACAAGCCCUCUACGAGUAAGUACAUCAAUCCAGUCUAUGCAAAGUAA